GCGCAAGGAGAAUGCCAUGCUGAAGUCCCUUCUGGUCGAUGAGAAUGGUACUCAGCACGACAAAGGCAAUGCCACUGGUGACGUUCAAAACGCCGGUACGGCUUACACCGAUGGUAUAAAUAAUACGUCCAACAAUGUGACUAAAGAUGCGAAGAGCUCUGCUCACAAUACUGCUCGUGCUUCUGUUUCUAAGCCUGGCACGUGGGGUGUGGGGAACACGGCAGAACAGAUACAGGGUCAGGCGAAGGCACCGAACACGACAGGAAAUGUGACGGGAAAUGCCACACAAACACAAGCGGGUCUGACACCAGGUUUGCAAUCGCUCAUACAACCACAGCCACAACCACAAAUAUCACAAACACAGACACAAACACCACCGCCAGCAUCAGCACCUAAAGCGCAAGGCAUGGUACAGUCUCAGGCACAACAGGCUAUGACACAACCCCAAACACAGUCUCAAACACUGCCGUCGCAAAGCACGGGGCAUGACAGAACACCGGCGCAAACUAAGAUACAGGCACGACCGCAGAGUAAGGCUCAGACUGUGCAAAACAAACCCGCACAGGCACAGAUCAACCCCUCGGGCCAACCACAAGCUAGUGGUAAAACACAGGCAGCUGGUAAAGCACAGCCAGUGCAGAACAAGCCUUCGGCGCAGAAUAAUCCACAGGGACAACCGACACAACAGACUCCGAAUAAGGCAUCGGCGCAGAAUAAAUCACUGGCGCAGGCACAGAAUAAAACACAGGUACAGAAUAAAUCACAAGCACAAAUACAAGCACAGACACAAGCUAUGCCGUCGCAGACACAGGCACAAACGGGUGCGGCGCCAACUGCCUCAGCGCCCGCGGAGAGGUUUUUCCCCGAGAUCCCAAAGAAGCCAAAGGGGGCGAAUGGCUAGUUAUGUGAACUGGAGAGUAUCUUAGUAAUUAACCAA